GCUAUUUUCCCUGUUCGCCUCUGCCCAAACACUGAACAAAAGUGCUUCCCUGUAGCUAUUCGCUCGCUCGUCAUAGCAACUGACACAUGAUCUGGCGCAAACACGCCAGACAGAGGGGAGCACUGGAUACCCUAAACAUGCCUUAAGCAUCUUGUGCAGGCCCGGAUUCGCCACACUCUCGGAACCCAACAAAACCCGGUCUCCACCAUGUACCGUGCCUAUCAACCUAUUGUACCCACUGGAAGCAAGUACCUGCAGGAGAAAUGGGACCGAGCUUGUUACCACGAGCACCGGCGAAAGGUUAAGGAUGCAAAGUCAACAAUUGACAACCAUUCUCCUGAAACCUAUUCUCAUCUUAAUUUGAAAUUUAAGAAGCUGAAGCUUGAGGAAGACAGACUGUCAAUCAUUGAAAGAGAUAACCAGCUGUUGCUUCAAAAGAUGUCGACAAUCAUGAGGACCACAGGCCGAGUUGACAAUAAAAAUGAGUAUAAAUUGAAAAGUUUAAACAGUGAAAAGCGACACCGAGAACAGCUGAGAGUCAAUCAAGAAAACAAGACAAUGAAGGAGCGCCUCAAAUUGGUCCAGCCUCAAUAUAAUCAUUUGAAAUGGCAUGAAGACUGGUAUAAAACUGAGAAGCUCUUGGACCAUAUUGCUCACUAUCCUCGUGGCUGUUACAGUGCACAGAACUCAAAGCCACAAUCUGAAGCUGUCAGAUCUGCACCAGCAAAACGAACCAACAAAAAUAAAAAUGUACAACCAAGUGGCUCAAAGUAAAAGUCAACAAGAGACAUGGGGCCAAGCAACAUUCCUGGACCAACUUCACGAUAUCCUCAAUUCUAAUCCCCGUUGUUCACAUUAAUGCAGCUAAACAAUCUACCUUCUCUUCAACUGACAGAUAAAGCUGAAAUCCAAGUUCAAUCUUAAGUGUAAUUUGCCUGUCGUAAUUAUUGUGCGAAGUUUCUUGAAUCUUGUAACUUAAACUGGAUCAUUGGACAUGCCUUCUCUCCUAAUUUUUUCUAAUUUUCCAACAAGCAAGAUUCCACACCAGGCUUACCGAUUGAUUAACAUCACCUCAGGGUUUCAAUGAUUUAGGAGGAUCAACAAGUGACUGCUGCUUUGUGGGUAUGGAUAGGGUUCAGCGUAGGGGGCAAAUGAGUUGGAGGGGAAUGAAUUUGGGUAGGGGUUAUUGUGGGAGGGACAGUGAAAAGCUGAAGGGAGAGGAUUUUGGAGUAAGGGAGUUGAGCAAGGGGUAGAAUGAGGAGACAUUGGUGGAAAAUAGAUUGGCUGAGGAGGUGGAAAUUGGCGCCUGGACUCUAGGGAGGUAUUAGGGAUUAUGUUACGAUGAGGGAAGCAGUAUAUUGGCAGUCUGGAGGGCUUAUGGCAGGGAAAGGGAGGAUUGGGUGGAGAAAUUGGAGGAGGGAAGAGGAUUUGAGGGGGAAUUGAUGGGUGAGGGUGAUUGGAUGGAAUUAUUGGCCAGGUGAGGGAAAUUGAGGGAGUGGGUAUGAUGUGGGUAGGUCUGAUUGGAGAGGGGUAAUUAUUGGGCAUGUGAACUGAUUAGGGAACUAUGACGGAAUUAGGGGAUAUUGGAUGAGGAAGAGGAAUUGGGUUGAGAGAGCGCCAUACAAAAGUCCUGGAAAAUGACAGACACCAAUUUAAUCAAGAUGAAGAGCAUGAAACUGAAUAGAAGCUGAAAAGUGACAUUCUUCGGAUGCUGGAAAUCCAAGAUAAGAACUAAAAAGACUGGAAAAGGUCAUGACAUCUGGUGGUAUCUGUCAAGGGAAACAGAUUUAACAUUUCAUCUCAAUCACCCUUCAUUGGAACAUUAAAAUGAAUUGGCUCAA